AUGACUGAGUCCAACAAUGAUGGCCCUGAUGUUGAUAUCAAGGUGCCAGUAGCCAGGGAGUUCGUCGAUAUCAAUGAUAUGCCCUCUGCAGAAGAUGUUGCUCAGGCUCCUUCCAUUGAUUCGGUCACAGACUCGAGCUCGGUGGAUAGCAAAGGAAACAGUAUGUCUCGUAACCAACCGUCAGGUGGUGCACUGCAUAUGAAGAAACUGAGAGAGCCAGGCAACAUUCAUACAAAGCACAAUGACAGGACUACCUCGGAUGUGCAUUUUGACGAUAGACGGAAUUUCUCCCUGAACAUUGAGCCCGUGCAAAGAAUCGUGUCGGUGCCUCUGCGACCGCCAGAAUGGCAGCAGACAGCAUAUAACCUUCAGAGCACGGAUUCAAUAAGUGAGGACACCGAAUACGGUAAAGAUGUGGUUGCUACGUUCUGCACGCUUGAAACGGCAACUCAUGUAAAACAGUACUGGCAUUGCACAAAGGAGAUCGGUCGCGGCACAUUCAGCAUCGUCUACAUUGACCAAUCAGAAACGGUAGCCGUCAAGGUGUCCAACAUUCCUUCGCAUGAUCCGGACACAAGACUUCGGAUCCAAAGCUCGUUGGUGCGAGAAUUGUCGCUCUUGCAAUCAAUCAAUCACCCGAACAUCGUCAAGCUUCUGGGUUCCAACUCAAGGUUGGACAAAAACCAAGUGAUCAUGGCAAUGCCGUACUAUUCCGGAGGCGAUCUGUUCACACUACUUGUUACUUUGGGACAGAAUUUUACUUAUCACCACAAAAAACUGGUUUUCAGAAACAUUGUGAGCGCAGUCAAAUGUCUUCAUGAUAUGAACAUCUGCCACAGAGACAUUAAACUGGAAAACAUAUUGCUCGCGCCAACUCCGGACGAGUUUAGAAACGCAUCAGCUGUUGAACUUGACAGUAAGUAUGAGCAUUCAGUAGCUGUGCUAUCUGAUUUUGGUUUGUCAAAGAAAAUAGAUCCGCAACAGCCUCUCCUGACCACGCGAUGUGGCUCCGAAGACUACGUGUCUCCUGAACUACUUCUAGGACUCGCAUACGACGGCAAGCAAAACGACUGUUGGUCUCUGGGUGUGCUACUUUACGCAAUGUUGGAAAACAGACUGCCAUUUGAUCCGCUUCCCAACAGCACUGGACGAGGCAGGCGCUCAGCAAAGCCCGCCCAUCGCAUAGCAACUCUGACUUGGGGGUGGUAUCAUUACAGAGAGCAUAACAUGGAUCAGCAAGGAAACGACUGGGGGCCUGCCAAACGCGUUGUGGAAAUGCUACUUGUCAAAAGAGAUGAAAGGGCCGAUAUUAACACUGUGUCUGAGAGUGAGUGGUGCAGCUGGCAAGCCUCCGAUUAA